AUGGCUGAGCAGCUGGUUCUUCGCGGCACCCUUGAGGGCCACAAUGGCUGGGUUACUUCCCUUGCCACCUCUCUGGAGAACCCCAACAUGCUGCUGUCGGCAUCCCGCGACAAGACCCUGAUCAUCUGGAACCUUACCCGUGAUGAGCAGGCCUACGGUUACCCCAAGCGCAGCCUCGAGGGUCACUCCCACAUCGUCUCUGACUGUGUGAUCUCCUCCGACGGUGCCUACGCUCUGUCCGCCUCGUGGGACAAGUCCCUCCGUCUCUGGGAGCUGUCCACCGGUAACACUACCCGCACCUUUGUCGGCCACACCAACGACGUCCUGUCCGUCUCGUUCUCCGCCGACAACCGUCAGAUCGUUUCCGGUUCCCGUGACCGCACCAUCAAGCUGUGGAACACCCUCGGUGACUGCAAGUUCACCAUCACCGACAAGGGCCACACCGAGUGGGUUUCCUGCGUUCGCUUCAGCCCCAACCCCCAGAACCCCGUGAUUGUCUCCGCUGGUUGGGACAAGCUCGUCAAGGUUUGGGAGCUCGCUUCUUGCCGUCUCCAGACCGACCACAUCGGUCACACCGGCUACAUCAACACCGUCACCAUUUCCCCCGACGGAUCCCUCUGCGCCUCCGGUGGCAAGGACGGUACCACCAUGCUCUGGGACCUGAACGAGUCCAAGCACCUCUACUCCCUCCACGCCGGCGAUGAGAUCCACGCUCUCGUCUUCUCCCCCAACCGCUACUGGCUGUGCGCUGCCACCUCCAGCAGCAUCACCAUCUUCGACCUCGAGAAGAAGAGCAAGGUUGACGAGCUCAAGCCCGAGUUCGUUGAGAAGGGCAAGAAGAGCCGUGACCCCGAGUGCAUCAGCUUGGCCUGGUCCGCUGAUGGCCAGACCCUGUUCGCCGGUUACACCGACAACAAGAUCCGUGCCUGGGGUGUUAUGUCGCGCGCAUAG